GUGGGGGGAGUAAGGAAGGGAAGGGUAAAGGCCGCAGGCCCGGGAGGCUAUGGGUGGAGGAACAGAGCCCGAGUGAGUGCUGCUGCCGCCGCUGCCGCCGCUGCCGCCGCCGCCGCCGCCGCGCUCCCCUCUCCUCCUCCCCCUCCCUCCGGACGCCGCCACUAUUGCUUCUUCUCCCGGUGUGUUAGAUUGGAGCCUGCGCGUGCAUUUGUCGCUGCCACGGGCUGCGUAGCUCCCGACGUUUAACCAUAGGAAAAAAAACCCAGGAAUGUAAAGAAGAAAUCAAGUUGGAUCGAAGUAUGGUUGUGGAUUUGGUCACCAUCUCUGUUAAGGGGAUGACAUGUGGUUCCUGUGUUUGGACCAUUGAGCAGCGGAUUGGAAAACUGAAUGGCGUACAUCAUAUUAAAGUUUCACUGGAAGAAAAAAAUGCAACUAUUAUUUAUGACCCUAAACUACAGACUCCAAAGACCCUCCAGGAAGCUAUUGAUGACAUGGGCUUUGAUGCUGUUCUCCACAAUCCUAACCCUGUCCCUGUUUUAACUGACACUGUGUUUCUGACUGUUGCUGCUUCACUGACUCUGCCAUGGGACCAUAUCCAAAGCAUAUUGCUCAAGACCAAGGGUGUGACAGACAUUAAAAUUUCCCCUCAGCAAAGAACUGUAGUGGUGACAAUAAUCCCUUCUAUUCUGAAUGCCAAUCAGAUAAUAGAGCUGCUUCCGGAUCUCAGUUUAGAUAUUGGAACUCUGGAGAAAAAGUCAGGAACUUGUGAAGAUUAUAGUAUGGCUCAAGUAGGUGAAGUCAUGCUGAAGAUGAAAGUAGAAGGAAUGACCUGCCAUUCAUGCACCAGCACCAUUGAAGGAAAAAUUGGGAAGCUGCAAGGUGUUCAGCGAAUUAAAGUCUCCUUGGACAACCAAGAAGCUACUAUUGUUUAUCAACCUCAUCUUAUCACAGCAGAGGAAAUUAAAAAACAGAUUGAAGCCGUGGGCUUUCCAGCAUUCAUCAAAAAACAGCCCAAGUACCUCAAAUUGGGAGCUAUUGAUAUAGAACGUCUAAAGAAUACACCAGUCAAAUCCUCAGAAGGAUCACAGCAAAGGAGUCCAUCAUAUAGCAGUGAUUCAACAGUCACUUUCAUUAUAGAUGGCAUGCAUUGUAAAUCAUGUGUGUUAAAUAUUGAAAGUGCUUUAUCUACACUCCAAUAUGUAAGCAGCAUCGUAGUUUCUUUAGAGAAUAGAUCUGCCAUAGUGAAGUACAAUGCAAGCUCAGUCACUCCAGAAACCCUUAGAAAAGCAAUAGAGGCCAUCUCACCAGGGCAAUACAGAGUUAGUAUUAUAAGUGAAGUUGAAAGUACCUCAAACUCUCCCUCCAGCUCAUCUCUUCAAAAGAUUCCUUUGAACACAGUAAGCCAUCCUCUGACUCAAGAAACUGUGAUAAACAUUGGUGGUAUGACUUGUAAUUCUUGUGUGCAGUCUAUUGAGGGUGUCAUAUCAAAAAAGGCAGGUGUAAAAUCCAUACGAGUAUCUCUUGCAAAUGGCAAUGGGACUGUUGAGUAUGAUCCUCUACUAACUUCUCCAGAGACUUUGAGAGAAGCAAUAGAAGACAUGGGAUUUGAUGCUGCCUUGUCAGAUACAAAUGAGCCAUUGGUAAUAAUAGCUCAGACCUCAUCAGAAAUGCCGCUUUUGACCUCAACUAAUGAAUUUUAUACUAAAACGAUGACACCAAUUCACGAUGGGGAAGUAAAGCCUUCGUCUAAGUGUUAUAUACAGGUCACUGGUAUGACUUGUGCUUCCUGUGUAGCAAACAUUGAACGGAAUUUAAGACGAGAAGAAGGAAUAUAUUCUGUACUUGUGGCUCUGAUGGCUGGCAAAGCAGAAGUAAGAUAUAAUCCUGCUGUUAUACAACCCCCAGUGAUAGCUGAGUUCAUCCGAGAGCUUGGAUUUGGAGCCACUAUGAUAGAAAAUGCUGAUGAAGGAGAUGGUGUUUUGGAACUUGUUGUGAGAGGAAUGACGUGUGCCUCCUGUGUACAUAAAAUAGAGUCUAUCCUCACAAAACACAGAGGGAUCUUCUACUGUUCUGUGGCCUUGGCAACCAACAAAGCACAUAUUAAGUAUGACCCAGAAAUUAUUGGUCCCAGGGAUAUUAUCCAUACAGUUGAAAGCUUAGGUUUUGAAGCUUCUUUGGUCAAAAAGGAUCGGUCAGCAAGCCACCUGGACCAUAAACGAGAAAUAAGACAGUGGAGACGGUCCUUCCUUGUGAGCCUCUUUUUCUGUAUUCCUGUCAUGGGGCUGAUGAUAUAUAUGAUGGUUAUGGACCACCAUCUUGCAACUCUUCACCAUAAUCAGAGCAUGAGUCAAGAAGAAAUGAUCAGCAUUCAUUCUUCUUCUAUGUUCCUGGAGCGCCAGAUCCUGCCAGGACUGUCCAUUAUGAAUUUGCUAUCCUUUUUGUUGUGUGUACCUGUACAGUUUUUUGGAGGCUGGUACUUCUACAUUCAGGCGUAUAGAGCCCUGAAGCAUAAAACUGCAAAUAUGGAUGUACUGAUUGUGCUGGCAACCACCAUUGCUUUUGCCUACUCUUUGGUUAUUCUUCUGGUUGCAAUGUAUGAAAGAGCCAAAGUAAACCCUAUUACUUUCUUUGACACACCUCCUAUGCUAUUUGUCUUUAUUGCACUAGGCCGGUGGCUGGAACAUAUAGCAAAGGGCAAAACAUCAGAGGCUCUUGCCAAGCUAAUUUCACUACAAGCUACAGAAGCAACUAUUGUAACUCUUGACUCUGAUAAUAUUCUCUUAAGUGAAGAACAAGUGGAUGUGGAACUUGUACAACGUGGAGACAUCAUUAAAGUGGUUCCAGGAGGCAAAUUUCCAGUGGAUGGUCGUGUGAUUGAAGGACAUUCUAUGGUAGAUGAGUCCCUUAUCACAGGGGAGGCAAUGCCAGUGGCUAAGAAAUCUGGCAGCACAGUGAUUGCUGGUUCCAUUAACCAGAAUGGGUCACUACUUAUCCGUGCAACCCAUGUUGGAGCUGACACAACACUUUCUCAAAUUGUCAAACUUGUGGAAGAGGCACAAACAUCAAAGGCUCCUAUCCAGCAGUUUGCAGACAAACUCAGUGGCUACUUUGUUCCUUUUAUUGUUGUCAUUUCCAUUGCUACCCUCCUGGUUUGGAUUAUAAUUGGAUUUCUGAAUUUUGAAAUUGUGGAAACCUACUUUCCUGGAUAUAACAGAAGUAUCUCUCGAACAGAAACGAUAAUACGCUUUGCUUUCCAAGCCUCUAUCACAGUUCUGUGUAUUGCGUGCCCCUGUUCACUGGGACUAGCCACUCCAACUGCUGUGAUGGUGGGUACAGGAGUAGGUGCUCAAAAUGGCAUACUAAUCAAAGGUGGCGAGCCACUGGAGAUGGCUCAUAAGGUAAAGGUAGUGGUAUUUGAUAAGACUGGAACCAUUACCCAUGGAACUCCUAUAGUGAAUCAAGUAAAGGUUCUAGUUGAAAGUAACAGAAUAUCACGUAAUAAGAUCCUGGCCAUCGUGGGAACUGCUGAAAGUAACAGUGAACACCCUCUAGGAGCAGCCAUAACGAAGUACUGCAAACAGGAGCUGGACACUGAAACCUUGGGUACCUGUGUAGAUUUCCAGGUUGUGCCAGGCUGUGGUAUUAGCUGUAAAGUCAUCAAUAUUGAAGGCUUGCUACAUAAGAAUAACUGGAGGAUAGAGGAAAAUAAUAUUAAAAAUGCAUCCCUGGUUCAAAUUGGCGCAAAUAAUGAACAGUCAUCAACUUCAUCUUCCAUGAUUAUUGAUGCCCAGCUCUCAAAUGCUCUUAAUGCUCAACAGUACAAAGUCCUCAUUGGUAACCGGGAAUGGAUGAUUAGAAAUGGUUUUGUUAUUAAUAAUGAUGUAGAUGAUUCCAUGACUGAACAUGAGAGAAAAGGUCGGACUGCUGUAUUGGUGGCCGUUGAUGAUGAGCUGUGUGGUUUGAUUGCUAUUGCUGAUACAGUGAAGCCUGAAGCAGAAUUGGCUGUCCAUAUUUUGAAAUCCAUGGGCUUAGAAGUAGUUCUGAUGACUGGAGACAACAGUAAAACAGCUAGAUCUAUUGCUUCUCAGGUUGGCAUUACUAAGGUGUUUGCUGAAGUUCUCCCUUCUCAUAAGGUUGCUAAGGUGAAGCAACUUCAGGAGGAGGGGAAACAGGUUGCAAUGGUAGGAGAUGGAAUCAAUGACUCUCCAGCUCUGGCAAUGGCUAAUGUUGGAAUUGCCAUUGGCACAGGUACAGAUGUAGCCAUUGAAGCAGCUGAUGUGGUUUUAAUAAGGAAUGAUCUUCUGGAUGUAGUGGCAAGUAUUGACUUAUCAAGGAAGACAGUCAAGAGGAUUCGGAUAAAUUUUGUUUUCGCUCUAAUUUAUAAUCUAGUUGGAAUUCCCAUAGCUGCUGGAGUUUUUAUGCCCAUUGGUUUGGUUUUGCAGCCCUGGAUGGGAUCUGCUGCAAUGGCUGCUUCAUCUGUUUCAGUAGUACUUUCUUCUCUCUUCCUUAAACUUUAUAGAAAACCAACUUAUGAGAAUUAUGAACUGCAUGCCCGAAGCCACAUGGGACAGAAAAGGCCUUCGGAAAUCAGCGUUCAUGUUGGAAUAGAUGACACCUCAAGAAAUUCUCCUAAACUGGGUUUGCUGGACCGGAUUGUUAAUUACAGCAGAGCCUCCAUAAAUUCACUACUGUCUGAUAAACGGUCCCUAAACAGCAUUGGUACCAGUGAACCUGACAAGCAUUCACUUCUGGUGGGAGACUGCAGGGAAGAUGAUGACACCACAUUGUAACAGGCCACAGAGAGUGCUACUAGCCGAUGUUGUUAUGCACUGACACAGCAUUAGUGAUGUUACCUUAACUUUUCAAAAUAUUGUGGAAGGAUUUUAUAUUGGUCUCAUGCCCUGAUGUUAAGGAUUCUAUUUGCAUUGCAUUUGUCUAAUGGCAAAAAUAUAUUUUUUCAGAGUGUUAGCUCUGAACCUAGCUUUAUUUAAAAUGAAUCUCCAGCCCUUUUUGUUUUCACUAGUAACAGGUAACAAGCCCUACAGUAACAGUAACAGUAACAGUAACAGUAACAAGCCCUACAAUUGAAGAUUACUGAAUUGCUGCUAAAGUGAUAAUUUUUUUUUAUUUGACCAAAAAGAAAAGGCUCAAGAAAAAGGAUAAUUUAAAAGUUUCAAGAUCUGAGAGCAUGAUCUUGAGGACAUUCUUGAGUUCUCAUCCCUGUCAGGUUGGGAUAAUCUGACAAUGGCUUUUAAAACACUGUAAAGCAUCUGGGUUUAGAAGGAAAACAGUUAGAAACUGUUUAAAAAUAGAUGUGCCUUAUUUAUUACAGGCUUUCUUCCCCCUUAUUCUCCUUGCAUCUUUGUCUUUGCAGUUGCCCUAGUUUGUUUUUUUGUUGUUCUUUCAGCUGAGCUAAGUGUAGGUGAUUGAUUGAUAAAAAUAACUGACAACUUUUCCAAUAUCUUUUUCCUUUAUCUUAUAGCCCAAAAAGACCAUAAGGAUCCAUAGGGUCCCUUGCUUCCUAUCCUUUCCAUUGUUGUAAAAAAAUAGAUCAGAUUCUUCAUUCAGUGACUCUCUAGCUCUGUACAGGCUUUUAAUUCACUCCUGACGAGUUCCACUCUAAAUUGUUCUUAGUCUAUCAGCCUCAGUCCAGAAGCCUAAAAUGUUGAGCCUCUUCUACAAUUAACUUUUUAAAAGAUUAACACUACCAUCUUUGACAUAUACGGGUCAUGUGAAAUUACCUAGAUUCACUAAAUUUGUCCUUUUUUGGGAGAGAAUACAAGAUGGUAGCUGGUAUAUAUAAUUUAAUAGAUUUUAAAUAUAUUUUAGUAUUUUAGAUGACCUCUCAAAAUGACUUUAAAAUAAUGCUAUUACACAAAGCUGCAUUUACCAAAAAAACAUAAUAAAUUUGUAAUAUAGAAAUGAGAAUUUCCCUAGGUUGUGAUACCUUUUAGCCAAGUCUAUACUUUUCUCUAGUUUAAAACAUUUGCACUUGCUAGUAAGUGUGGUUUGCAAAUUCAGGGGCUGUUUUCAGUGCCAUACACAUUUAGAAAUUCCACUUUGAGUGCCUAGGACUUAAUACACUGAUCAGAGAUCUAGUACUUGUAUCACUAUUUAAAUUCCUCAUUUAUUGCAAGAUGGAUUUCAGAUGCAGAUUAUGGAAGUGAAAAUAAAUAAAUAAGUUCCUAAUACUUUGUUCCCAUUGCCAUACGUAAAGCUGUUGGAACAAUGCCUAGCACAUGAGAUUUGUAUUCAGUAAAUGUUAUUUCUUUUCUCCCCUUGAGGUCAGUAAUAAAUAAUUAAUAAUAAUUUUCUUAGGGCAGAAUCUAAAAUCAGGUGGGAUAGGGGAAUGGGUUUCUUCCUCUCCUACUUCCUUUCUCUCUUCUCCUUUCAUACACACACAAAAAGUUUAUAACAUUAUUCCACCCUGUCUUUUCAGAUUUGGAAAAAAUCUCAUUUUUAUCUCAACUAUCUUUCUUUUUCUUUUCAAAUUUUUAUUUAAAUUCCAGUUAGGUAACAACAAUGCAAUAUUGGUUUCAGGAGUAGAAUUCAGUGAUUCAUCCUUUAAAUGCAACACCCAGUUAUCUCAAGUAUCUUAAAGAGAGAAUUGAAACUAUUGAGAAAGGUGCUAUUAAUCUAGAAAGGCAAACCCAUUUUAAUGAAAUAUGAAUGAGUUUGUAUAUCUAGACUCUUUUUUAGACCAAUGCCUAUGCCAUCUUCCAUGCUUCCACUUUGAAUUUUAAUAUUUGUUUUUUAUUUUAUUCUAGUGGUCUGUGAUACCACAAUUUGUUUCUUCUAGAAGAAACAGCCAAUAUGAUAAAUGUAAAAUAGACUUUUGGAAAAAGAAGCACCUUUCUCUCUUUCUCCCUUAUUCUUUUCUGUGUCUCUGAAACACUGGAACAUAGACAGUUACUACUUUUAUUAUUAUGUGUGUUUUUGAGUUGUCCUUUUGUCCCCCGCUUACCAAAGGACCCACAUGACCUAGGACAGCAAGAAGAGCAACCUAUAGUCUGGGAAAAAUCAAGAAUUUAAUUUCACCUCUUACUAUCAGAACAGAAAACAUGUUGUUUAGAAAGAAUCCUGUUUUAAGUGUCUGUAGUAUCUUUGAAUUCCCUACCAUAAGUCUCUUUUGUAAUCCUGAACUCCUAUUAGCUUCAUAGAGCAGCUGUAUUCACAGGAGAGAUGAUCUAGGGACAGGAUCAAAAACAUUGCUUUCAGUUAGUAACUAGCUUUAAGUAACCAGUUACUUGUGAGAACAAAUGUUAUAAAUGUAGAUGUGUGUAUGUGUUUCUCUGUUUAUAUACACACAUACAUAUGUAUGCACAUAUUUACCAUAUAGAGGAAAAUGGAUUUAUAUUUGAAUUUGAUGUUUGAAUAUUUGAAAUUCCUUAUAUGUUGUUCCUUUAUCACUCUUCUGUAUUCACUCAGCACCCAUGCCCUCAGUCUGAAGAUAACAAGGAUGUUUUGAUAUCCAGUGCUGGUUCUGAUUCAACUAUGGGGCACCUUUUAUCUUAAAUAUCCAAAGAUGCCUUUUGAAUUUCAAAGGUUAAAAACACAGCUAGAAUAUUUAAUGUUAUAGUCUAAAGAAGUAUGGUGGUCAGUGGUGAAAAUAGAAAUGAUAUUUUUCCUAGUUUAGUAUCAGCAUUUUAGAGUGUUAAAUUUGAUGCCUUGUGAACAAAAAAUUUUAUACUGUGCUUUAACUUUUUAAAAGCUUGUUUUUUCAGAUGCAUUCUUUGUUCAGAAUGCUUAAAAUAGCACUGUAGACAGGAUGUUUCCAAAAAUUUAAGUGUGCGUAUCUUUUAUGUACACAGCUUAAAAUCAAGAAUACAUGUUUUUUGAGAAUUUUUCUCCAUUACUUGUGAAUCUUGCUUUAAAAUUAUUUUUUCCUGAUAUUUAUUUUACUCUAUUUUGUUACUUUCUUUGGGUGAGGCAUCUGGUUAUUGGUUAUUUUAAUAAGAAUAAAAACAUUCCUGCAAUCACUCCCUUUGGAUUUUUGGUUUAUUUCUUUUCUAUAUUUAAAAUAUUUAAUCAAAUAUAAACAAUAUAGAUUCAUGCCAAAUCAUUAGCUGUUUUUAGACUGUUUCUGUAGUCCCUCUGAAAAUUUAUCUGGUAUGAAUAACCAGAUAAAGCACAAAAGCAUGAACUCUUGUUCUUCAGUUAAAGAGCUUCUAUAAUAGCAUUGAUAAUAGAUGCCUUUUGUAGCCAAAACCAGGCGUCUCAACCUUAUGUUUUCAGUUAAAUGUUUAACUGAACAUUGUUAAACAUUGUUUGGUACCCAAAACAGCAGUGGACAGUGUUGUGCAAUAAUCAUCUGUCAUCAAGAUAUUCAGUAGUUUGUUUUUCCAUAAGCAUGUAAUUGAUCAUAUUUCUGCCAAGGAUGUGCCUUCAAAUUUGUAAUUAUAGUAUUGUAGAAAAAUGUCUUUUUGUCAGUGUCUCUUUUGUUAAACCAUCCAAUCUUCUGCCAGCAGUUCCAAACUACCCUGUGUUUUUACUUAAUUUUUUGACUCUUAAUCAGUGAUGGGGCAGGAUUGGAGGCAAGACUACCCAUUUGCUAAGAGAGGGAGGGAAGAAAAGUCUGUUUUCCUUUAGUGCCAUUCCACCUGCUGUAUCAUUUCAUGAGGAUGAAAAACAAAGGAAUGUAAUUGUCCUCAUUUCCUUUGUAGUCGUUAAUACAUUCUUGAUAGAUCGUCUACCCCAGAUGAGCUUAAUAGAGGCAAGAGGUUUCCUUGCAUUUGGGUGGCCCUAUACAGUGUUUGAGGAUCCUACCCAAAAUAUAUUCCCAUACCAAACACUUUUGUGGGUUAAGGAAAGAGUUUUAAACUUAUUGUAAGGAAAAACUCCUUUUUAUUUCUCUCCCCCAAUCUUGAGAGUAUUCAGUUUGGUGAGAUAAGAUUGGAAAUAGAAACAUAAGAUUAAAAUCUCUGAACUGUCCCCUUAGCUGGUUGGCCUUCCUCUUCUAUUGGUGUCUUAACACUAACCUUCAAGAAGGAUGUGUAGUUAUAGCAACAUCAGAGGUGAGGUCUCAAAACUUUUCAGAUAAUAAAGCAAAGCAAAAUACCAGAAAACCUUCCUGUUGGGGAAUGCUUGUUAUGUUAAGGCAUUAAAGGCCCUCCUAAAAUUCAGAGACAAGAGGGGUAGAGCUGUAUCUGUCACAAAUUUUACCUAAGGACAGCGAACCUUACUUGCUUAAUAGCUUCCUCUUCGUAGAUGUGACCACUACUUGUGGAGAUGAAUUACAAGUGAGGGAUGAAAGGCAAGACGCAAGGACAAAGUUUAAGUGAAGAUGCUGCUAUAAAUAGGAUCUCAUACAAUUUAAGAAAUCUGAGAGCCCUUUACAGUCUCCUCUCUAGAAAAAUUUGAAAUAGGCUGUGUAGUCUUUCACAUAAUGUACCUAUUGCCCUCAAGUGGCCCCCAGCUUUUCAUUGUUAGCACCCUGCCCCACGCUCUCAGACCUGUUGAUAAACUGAAGGGCUGUCAUUACUUCAACAUUACUUGCUUCAUUCACCUCACCCAAUCAAAACUUUUUAUUUCUUCAUCGCAGUGUUUAUCACCAAGUAAUAGGGGAAAAACCGAGAUUAAAUCCAUCCGUCCUGAAAUGCCAAUGACCUUUAAAUAUGGCCAGAAGUAUUUGCAAUUAUUUGGAAAGAAUAUUUUUAAUCCAAAUAACUUAAUUGAAAAACAUCUGGCUUUGUGGAAGAGGUUGUUUUGGGGAAAGUAGAUAGACCCCAGGAUCAACUUUCCUCAGCUCUUCUUGCUUCUUGCAGCUUUUUACCUUACACUUUUCCAUCCACCAUUUAUUUAACAUCACAUCCCCAUUGUGAUGGGAAGAACACUGAAUUUGGAGCCCACAGGACCUAUUUGCAAAAUCCCAGUUCUGCCACUUACCACCUGGGUGACUGUUAGUUUCCUCUUGUUGCUGUAACAAAUUACAGCAAACUUGGUGUCUUUUUUAAAAAUGUUUUAGAUAACAUUUACUCAUUUUUGAGAGAGAGAGACAGAGUGCGAGCAGGUGAGGGCAGAGAGAGGGAGACAGAAUCCAAAGCAGGCUCCAGGCUCUGAGCUGUCAGAGCCCGACACAGGGCUCGAACUCACGAACCAUGAGACCAUGACCUGAGCCGAAGUUGGCCACUCAACUGACUGAGCCACCCAGGCACCCCUAAAGUAAUCUGAUUUUCUCAGAAGUAAUCACUUGGAGUCAGGAAAUGUAAUCAUUUGAGACUAAGAAGAAAAGUUAAGGUACUUAAAAGCAGUUUCUAUCUCCAAGAGCUCUAUUUAUCGAGUGUCUUUAACCAAUGAUUUUAAGUUGAUGUUAGACCACUAAAAGAUUUACUUGAUGUUUAUUUUUGCCUUUUCUGAAGCAUAUAUGCUUCUCCUUAUCUCUUAGGGUAUGAUACACUGAUUCUCCACAUUUACAUGUUACUCAGUGAACAAAUACAUAAGAAAGUAUGAUACACUCCUAUAAUUUAUACCAGUGUAGUAUUUCCAUGGGCUUUGAAGGUGCUGUAGUCCUUCCUUAUAUUUGCCCUUAAAAUGAACCCUCAGGUUCCCCCAAGGUUUUGGCUUUAUUUGUCUGUCUUUGAAACUACAUUUUCUUUUGUUGCCGUCAUAUCUGCUUAUGUUGUGUUUUUUAUACCUUCCACCUCUCUAAAAGUCAUUACCUGAGCCUUUGUUAUCACUUUUGACUGUGCUGCAUUUAGCUACAUUUCUAAGUUUCUGAUUCUUGCAAGUUUGUGGAAGCAAAGGAUUCUUUAACCCGCAUCAGCCUUGACCUAAGUGUACCACUUUAGGGGGGCCUGGAUAGCUCUGUUGGUUAAGCAUAUAAUCUUGAUUUCAGCUCAGUUCAUGCUCUCAUGGUUCAUGAGUUCGAGCCCUGUGUUAGGCUCUGCACGGGGAUUCUCUGUCUCCCUCUGUCUGUGUCCCUCCCCUGCUUGCUCUCUCUCUCAAAAAAAAAAAAAAUUAAAAAAAAAUAAGUGUACCACUUUACUUAAAGUUCAUGAUCUGGAGCUCCUGGUCUAGCAAGCUAUGAAAAUGCCAAUAAAUGUUUUAAAAUAAAGCUUAUAUUUAUUUUUUAAUGUUUUUUUUUUGAAGUUUAUUUAUUUUGAAAGAGAGAGAGCAGGUGGGGAGGAGCAGAGAGACAGGCAGAGAGAUAAUUCCAAGCAGGUUGUGCAACGUCAGUGCAGAGCCUGAUGCGGGGCUCGAACUCAUGAACCCAUGAGGUCAGGACCUGAGCUGAAGCCAAGAGUCAGAGCGUAACUGAUUGAGCCACCCAGGUGCUCCUGAAGCUUUUAUUUAAACAUCUAUUUUGUUCAACCUUGAAGUUUUACUAAUAAGCUAAAGAACAAAUGGCCAAUGCCAAUGAAUAUUUGGGCUUCGAUGUAGCAAUGACAGCAGGUAGCCAGUGCCAGAAACAGAAGACUGGCCCAGCAGAUGGAGAAUAGCCCCUCUGCGCAGGCAGCAUUAAAACUUAAGCAGAGGGGCGCCUGGGUGACUCAGUCUGCUAAGCGUCCAACUUCAGCUCAGGUCAUGAUCUUGCAGUUCAUGAGUUUGAGCCCCUUGUCGGGCUCUGUGCUGACAGCUCAGAGCCUGGAGCCUGCUUUGGAUUCUGUGUCUCUCUCUGUCUCUGCCCCUCUUCCCCUCAUGUGCUCUCGCUCUCUUUCCUCUCUCAAAAAUAAAUGAACAUUAAAAAAGUUAAAAAAAAAAAAA